AUGCCAAUGAAGCCAGACAUGGUUAUCUGGGAUACUUUGCUUGGUGCUUGUAGAAUUCGAAGGAAUGAGGAAAUUGCAAAACUGGUGUUAAAGCAGCUACUGGAACUGGAUAUAUUCUGUAAAGCUGAAAGAUGGGAAGACAUGAAGAAGAUAAGGAAACUAAUGAAGGAUCGUGUUGUCAGAAAGAGUGAUGCAGUCAGCUCUAUUGAAAUUGGUGGGCACAUUUCUGAUUUCAUGGUUGAUGACAACAGACAUGAAGCUUCUCAUGUAAUCUACACCGUUAUCAAUCAGUUGACAGAUCACAUAAAGUCCAAAGGAUGCAGUCUUGAUAGGGAAUUCUUAGAUGCCAACGAAAUUUGA